CUCAAUUUUUAUGUAUUAUAACUUUUGUAUCAAAGAAUACAAUUUUAGAUUCAUCAAGCUUUCUCGAAGUAUAUAUUCGACAUGGAUAAUUUCUAAGUACUUGUUUAUCAGAUUCUCAGAUAAAAUAUGAAAAAGCCCAAAGAUAAUAACCUGUUAAAGCCCAAGCAACAAAUGGCGCAAAACUGCGAGACGCAAGAACGGGGACGUUUAGGUUAAAACAUAAAAAGGCGUCAUAAAACUGUUUUCUCUUUAAGGCGGCGCGUCAGUCAAUCCACGUGGACAUUUCUUUCCACAUUUUUGUCACUUUGUCCUUUUGUGGGAUUACGUCACUUCUAUAAAACAAUAGUUUUGUCCUUUAUCUAAAUUAUUCUCCCCCAACCAAAAUAUGACCACAGAAAAAGAGAAUGUCACUACGGCCGUGGCCGUGAAAGACGGCGGAGAAAAGAGUAAGGAAGUGAGUGACAAGGGCGUAAAGAAGAGAAAGAAUGUAACUAAGGCCCUGGCCGUGAAUGACGGCGGAGAAAAGAGUAAGGAAGUGCGUUACAGGGGUGUAAGGAGGAGACCAUGGGGGAGAUAUGCUGCGGAGAUCCGUGAUCCGGUAAAGAAAAAACGGGUCUGGCUCGGGUCCUUCAACACGGGGGAGGAAGCCGCCAGAGCCUACGACUCCGCUGCCAUAAGGUUUCGAGGAUCGAAAGCUACUACUAACUUCCCUCUAAUCGGAUACUAUGGGAUUUCUUCGGCGACGCCGGUGAACAACAACCUUUCCGAGACGGUGAGUGAUGGAAAUGCCAACCUCCCUCUCGUUGGAGACGAUGGGAAUGCUUUGGCUUCUCCGGUGAACAACACCCUUUCCGAAACGGCGCGUGAUGGAACACUUCCAUCGGAUUGUCACGACAUGUUAUCUCCGGGGGUGGCUGAAGCGGUUGCUGGAUUUUUCUUAGAUCUGCCUGAAGUUAUUGCGUUGAAAGAGGAGCUUGAUCGAGUUUGUCCUGACCAGUUUGAGUCCAUUGAUAUGGGGUUGACUAUUGGUCCUCAAACCGCCGUGGAAGAGCCUGAGACUUCCUCCGCCGUGGAUUGUAAGCUGCGAAUGGAACCGGAUCUUGACCUCAACGCAAGUCCCUAAAGAUUGAUCUGAUGUUGUUGUCCUUGAAUAAGUUUGUUAUCUUGUCGCUCUUCUGAUUGUCUGUACUUCUAUUGGUUGAUUCGUGCUUUUGGAGGACAAAACAAACAUUUUUUUAUGUAUUAAAAAAAGGUAAUUGAACUAUUAUCGUAUCAUAACC